AUGUCUCCGGACUCUGCACACAAUGCCAAUAGUCGUCUUGUCAAGACGUUUGGGUCCCCGAACGACACGUCAAAGCCAGUCAAGCUAGACAUCAACGUCCAGGAACUCUCAGUUCCUUUGGUGGAUUCGUCUGGUUUCUCAAGCUCAGAAGGUGUGGUGGAAUACUGGGAUGAGCUCGGUGAUCUUUUGGGGCACGGCGAUCCCAAAACGAAUCAAGGGCAUCUCCUCGAAGUUUCAGAUCACUCCGAGUCUUUGACAUUCGAGAUUGUACCCUAUGACAUAGCGUCGUGGAAAAGGGAACUUCUCCUGCACUACUCUGACUCGAUUGCCGGGGACAUGAUAUGCAUCGACGGGCGGCACAAUGGGUGGCGCUACAUACUCCUACCGAUGGCUCUUUCAGAUGAUCUGGUAAUGAACGCAGUUCUCACAACCUCAGCCUUCCACCUAGCCACUAGAAAAACCAGUCUAUCAACCUGGAAUGGGACGGCCGAGAUGUCACUCGGCGAAUGUCAGGCGGCCGACUACUCGUUUCCAGAAUUGCUCUACAGACGCACUAUCCGAAGCUUGAAGGAGCGAAGAGACGUUGUUAGCGGCGACGAUGAGGCCAACAAGUCUGUUCUCAUGGCUAUCCUGGUUCUCCUCUCGGCGGUCCAAGUGAACGGAGGGGACGAGUUCCCCACGCUGUACGCCAUGAUGCGGGCCUUGGUCGAUGUGUUGGGAGGCGAAAACCGGCUGUGUGGAAGCGAUCUUGGAGAUUUCAUGAUUCGCCAAAUGAGAAAGAUGCGCGUCUACGCGGCGCCGUUGCUCAGCGAAGAUGCCGGCUGCGGGACAUUCUCUUCCCCAGAUAAUUGGAACCAGAUCUUUGAGUGUCUGCAGUUUUGCUCCCGGCAGAAGCCCGAGCAUGCUACUUGCACCGCCCUCGUUGCAGAUAUGCUCCAGCAGGCACACGACAUCUAUCUGAGCGAAGCAAGUCACGACCCCUCGAUGCCCCAUUCCUUUCAACUGUUUGAAGAUUCCAUCUGUCGCUUGAACAGGUUCAGGCGUUCCUUCGAGGAUUUUCCCGACGACGCUCCGGGAAAACAUGCCCUGGUGUGGCCGACGUUCAUAGCUGCGUCUUGUAGCAUUCUGGAUGAGCACAAGGAAUUCUUCAAGGCGGCUCUGCUAAGAUUUCACAGCCGCAGCAGGUUCAACAAUAUCUUGAGAGGCUUGGAACAUCUGCAGUAUUUAUGGGAUAGGAGAAAUCAGGGUGAACGUUGGACACAGCUUCUGGCGCAAUCACGCUUCUUCAUGGCUUGA